UCAACAACUGCGUAGCCGUAGAGAUAUGACUACAAAGAUAAUCAACAUACAAGCUUGACUGUACAUGAUCGAUUGGUCUCAAAUAACAAGUAAUGAAGGACGAUCGAAGUGAUAUGUAUGUUGGCAAUGAACUACAUAUGUAUGUCUGAGCAGUCGAGAAGAAGUUGCUGAGUUUAGAGUAUAAAUACGUAAAUUCUAUCGAAGGAACAAUAUGAUGGCAACAUUCCAAAAAAUUUGCAGACGUUUUAUUUAAGUUAAAAAAUCUUUAUGGCUAAGGAAAAUGAAGUGUAUGUCUUUGGAUCAGCCUCGUCAAAGGAUGAACUUCCUCCAGAUUUGGAUGAAUCUCAGCUUGACAAUCGAAAGGACCAUUAUGUAUCGGACUUGGAAGUUUUUUGGACAUCAAUAUAUUCCUACAUCGGACACUUGCCGGAAGAAGAGAUACAACAAAAGCAAGAACAAUUUUGUCAUUGCUUUCGAUCAAUUCUUAAAGCUUACGAAGAUAAACUCUUUGAAAUCAAAGGGCUCCAAAAUAAAUUGAAGAUUGUGAAGAAAGAAAACGGCCAGCAAAAAGAAGAAAUCAAAAAGUUAAGGAAAUACGUGCAAAAACUACACGAUGAACUCAGUUCAAAGACCUGCGAUGAUUGUGGCAAAGUGAGAAUUUCAAAGCUCGAAGACGAGCUUGAGAAAUUGAGCGUAACAGAUGGACCACCAUUAAAAAAACCCCAGGAACAUAGGGAACGUUUACAAAAACGACCGCGGGAAAAUGAUGAGGACUCUUCAGAUGAAGAUCUUCACAGAGUAUUUACAUGCGAGCACGCAUCAUGUGGUCAUGUCGCCUUACUCCAUUUGCUGGAUAAAUCAAACAUUCAGUUUUGUCCGUCGAAGUUCAUGCGGAAAUUGGGUCGGACAACCGAAGAAACAAAAUGCUCGAAAAUUUUAUCAAGCUUAUUUCGAGAUGGUUUAUUGGAGAUAAUUCAUAAGCAAUUUGGUAUUGAUGAUGGCGAACACUAUGAUGCUAUAAAAAAUGCAAAAGAACAAUUUAUAAAGUCAAUGCGUCUAGCAGGAGUUUUGCUUUAUUCCACCGAGAGCGAUGAACAUGAAAACCAUUGCGUGAAUCUAUAUCGUGUGGAAGGUUGUGCGAAGAUUAGAGACAGAACAAAAAACCAAAUCUACGUCAAUGGUAUUGUACAUGCUCGUAAACUUCAGGUCGUCGUCUUAGCUUAUGAUGAGGAAGGAAUGCCACUUCUCAAAAAAGAAUGGGGUGAUUGCCACACGAGAAAUUGUGAAAGAGAGAUGAAGAGCAUCAGGAGACGAAAGAAAAAACCCAACACAAGCCCAGAGCAGCAGGACGUAGAAAUGAAUGACAACGUCUUGCAAGACAGAGCAACAAGUGACAAUACCCCAGAACAAGGUGGUAAUGGUAGCAAUUUCCUGCACGACCUAGGUCCAGGUAGUAGUGACCGGGUAAAAAAAGAAGAGAGUAGAGAUAUUCCAGAAACAACAAGUUUAGAGAACUACGAUCUUCAAGAAAGAGGAAAGGAUGCCCUACUCCCAGAGGCAACAAGAAAUAGUGAAGAUCUACAAGAACACUUUGACAUGAAUGAAGUUGACAGCCAUCAAGAAUCGAACACACCACAAGAGAUUCGAAACGAACCCAUGAUGGAAGAAGAGACUGCAGGAGAAAACAAAAAUGAUGAUGAAAGUGAGCCAGGGUUAGAAUUGUAGAAGGGAUUUCGGUAACAGUCACACAAAAAAACACCAAAUUUAUGCAGCGUCGAAAUUUCUGCUAUCAACACUCUGUCUGAGGGGUAAAUAUACGCAAAAUAGAUAGUUUAUUUCUUAAAAACGUACAGCCUUUGCCCCUGGUGACUUACCAGAGCUGAAAAACUUUAAGUAAUAAAUACUACAAAUGUUAAGAACUGUUGUCAACAUCUAUUAAAUAUUCAUGAAAAUACGUAAUUUACAAUUUUGGCUAAUUAUUGGGAAAAUCAGUUAGUCUUUAUACGUUAGCAAAGCAGAAUGGUGCACGCGUAAGUAAUCUAGUUUUCUUUAUAUGUGUUUUUAUGGUGACAAUUGGUAGCUCACAAUUUAACGACAACGGCAUUCAUGAAAUAAAUAUUCUAUUCGUAGUUUGAAAAUUUUCACCAUCA